AUGUAUGCAGGCACAUCUUCUUUUGAGGCGGACGCCCAAACGCAGAGCGACGAGACGCCGGCUUCGCCUUUGCCAUCCGGAACGACAUCGUGGGACGACUGCCCUGACUAUCCUGGGGCCAAAUUUGCCACAAUAACCAGUGUCUGCUCUUCCCCAAUGAUUAAUUCUGAUGAGGCAAAGGACAAAUUCUAUGAGGACCCCCACGCCCUACCGGCGACCGUAUGGAGGACGGACAAGUUCAUUGCCUUCUAUGACUUCAAUGUAUGCGUCGGGGCAGACAAUGUUGCCUUAAAGGGAGAACUGGGUUCCUAUGGAAUCACCGUUUGCGACGACCACGGCCCUCUCCUCCGCGAACUUAUGCAGAACAUCCCCUCCUCUUGA